UUUAUGGAUUUUGUAGACAUAUAAUUUGGAUGUGACUGAUUUUAAAUGAUUUGCGAAAUGGAGACCGAUCAACUUGAAGACAUGGAGCUGGAGGUUGAAGUCCUCCCUUCAAUGUGGCCAGAAGAUGUUGGAAGUGAUGUUGGGAAGCAAUUCAAUGUAGAAAGGCCGGGAGGAGAUCAAGAUAUGUUGGAAGAGGUUACGAUCACAGAGGAUCCAACUAUAGUUGAUUUCAAGCGCCUACUGGAGCUGACAAAUUAUACUGACAAGGGCUCUUCUCAGUUGGCAUACCUUGUAAAACACUGGGAAUAUAAACAAGAAAAUGCAGUUCGACUUCUUAGGGAGGAGCUUGCCAACCUGAGCCGACAAAGGCAAGAAGUUGAGCUCAAGAAAUUGGAGAUAUUGGAGGAGCAUCGCUUUGAAGAACAAUAUGGGUGUGAUAAACGUCCAAUUUCUAUCAUGGAGGAGGUUUAUGACAUAUGGAAAGAUGUUCCUCGGAGGGAAAAUUAUGUUGUUGUUCAAAGUAACAGAGUUGAAAUAGAUGCAGAAUAUGAUACAGUUGUGUACUGGAAGCAACGGGCCUUGAAUUUAGAAAAGAUGUUGGAGGCAAGCGUCCAGCGGGAGCAGGCGCUUAUGGAGAAGUUGCAGGACAGCAUAACAAAUCUGGAAAAACAAUCCUCUCCAGUGGAAGAAUUGUCUCAGAUUCUAAAAAGAGCAGAUAAUUUCUUACAUUUUGUACUUCAAAAUGCUCCUAUUGUUAUGGGCCAUCAGGAUAAAGAGCUAAGGUACCGCUUUAUCUAUAAUCAUUUUCCAAGUUUGCAUGAGGAGGACAUUUUGGGGAAAACAGAUGUUGAAAUUUUUACUGGAGCUGGUGUCAAGGAAUCUCAGGAUUUCAAGAGAGAAGUUCUAGAAAAAGGAUUGCCUGCAAAGAGGGAAAUUACAUUUGAGACAGAAUUAUUUGGAUCAAAAACGUUUUUGAUCUAUGUUGAACCUGUCUUUAGCAAGGCAGGGGAGACGAUUGGUGUCAAUUAUAUGGGAAUGGAUGUAACUGAUCAGGUAAGAAAAAGAGAAAAGAUGGCAAAGCUACGAGAGGAAAUAGCAGUACAAAAGGCGAAGGAGACAGAACUGAACAAAACAAUCCAUAUAACAGAGGAGACAAUGCGAGCAAAGCAAAUGCUAGCAACCAUGUCUCAUGAGAUUAGAUCUCCUUUGGCUGGUGUCGUUAGCAUGGCUGAGAUUCUUUCCCAUACAAAUCUUGAUCAUGAACAGCGGAACCUAUUAAGUGUCAUGAUGUCUUCUGGAGAUUUGGUGCUUCAACUUAUAAAUGACAUUCUUGACCUUUCCAAAGUUGAAUCAGGUGUUAUGAAGUUGGAAGCUACAAAAUUCCGGCCAAGGGAAGUAGUAAAGCAUGUACUUCAGACUGCUGCUGCAUCUUUACAAAAAAUUCUUACUUUGGAAGGACACAUAGCAGAUGAUGUUCCUAUUGAGGUCAUUGGAGAUGUUUUACGAAUUAGACAAAUCCUUACCAACUUGAUCAGCAAUGCAAUCAAAUUUACUCCUGAAGGGAAGGUGGGAAUAAAGCUUUAUGUGGUGCCUGAGCCACCUUUUGCCAAAGAAGGGUCAUAUCAGAAAUCAAAAGCGUAUCAGUCAACCACAACUUCAACAAAGGAAGAGAAAAAUCAAUCAACGUCUCAAAACGGCAAUGAACAAAAGGGAUUUCACGAUAGAAAACGUAGUGAAGAUUCUUUCCAAGACCAUUCAUCGGUUGAUGAACCAAGAACUCCUGUUAACAAUGGAAACUCAGUGGAUGGAGAUUUAGAGGAGCAGGAAACAACAGUUUGGAUUAGAUGUGAUGUAUAUGAUACUGGAAUCGGAAUACCAGAAAAUGCUUUACCAAUUCUAUUUAAAAAGUACAUGCAAGUUAGUGCGGGUCAUGCUCGAAAGUAUGGUGGAACAGGACUUGGCCUUGCAAUAUGCAAACAGCUGGUUGAACUGAUGGGGGGUCGUCUCACUGUGACUAGCAAAGUGCAUUGUGGUUCCACAUUUACAUUUAUACUCCCUUACAGCGUUUCACCAAUUAGUGAUAAUUCUGAUGAUCCUGAUGAGCUCUCAGAUAUGGCUAAUCAUGACGCUGCAAGUGAUGACUUGACAGCUGGCUUUUUCCAAUUCAAACCACGCACUUUAGGUUCACUAUUCUCUUCUAAUGGAUCAAGCAGGCCCCAAAAAUUUUUACCGAAUAAUAUGGGUUUUAGUAGUGCUAAACUCAAUGGGUUCUCAGAGGAUGCGUACUUACUUCCCCCCAAUAAUGUUAGACCAAAAGAGACUACUUCACCUGAGGAUGCCUGUUCAGUGGCAGAAGUUGCAGAGACAUUACCAGAACCUGAAAGUUCAUUUAGUCACAGCUCUGAAACUGAUAAUGAAAAUGAAGUUUCUAGAGGUAAACAGUGUCACAUUGACACGAAUAAUCGGUUACAAAACCCUACGACGGAGUCCCUUAGUCACUCAAAGGCUAAUGAGGAAACAGUUUCAGUGGCAAAGAGCAGUGAACCCCAACAAUCAUGUCAAAGGCAGGAUAAAUCUGACACAAAUUCCCAGUGUACAUCUACCAGUGGUCCAGAAGUGCUCAAAACAAAACCAAGACCAAAGAUUCUUCUUGUAGAAGAUAACAAGAUUAAUGUGAUGGUCACCCAAUCAAUGAUGAAACAGUUAGGCCAUAGCAUAGAUGUUGUGAAUAAUGGAGUUGAAGCUGUGCGGGCAGUUCAAUGCCGUGAUUAUGAUCUCGUUUUGAUGGAUGUUUGCAUGCCAGUUAUGGAUGGCCUUCAAGCUACAAGAAUAAUUCGCUCGUAUGAAGACACUGGAAAUUGGGACGCUGCAUCAAAGGCUGGAAUCGAGAAAGCUCCAGAUUUAUUACAAGGUUCUUCCACACAGCACAUUCCAAUAAUUGCAAUGACGGCAAACACAUUGUCAGAGAGUGCGGAAGAGUGAUAUGAAAAUGGUAUGGACUCAUUUGUUUCUAAGCCUGUCACUUUUCAAAAACUAAAAGAGUGUCUUGAACAGUAUUUUCCAUGAUACGUCUUGUAAAUUUAUGCUUGUGUACAAAAAAUGAUAGGAAAGUUUUGUAAUCAGUGUAUCAUGUUCUUCUCAGCCAUUAGUGUGUCUCUGUAAAUAGUAAGCUCUAUAUUAUUCUUUCCUGGCUCUCCCAAGAACUUUUUAAUA